AUGGAGGAAGAAAGUCUACGAUCAAUGUCCAAAAGACUUGGCAUAACAUCGGGAGAGGUGUUGAAGAAAGCUGCUGAACUUCAGCGCUUAAUGGAUGUUCGUGGCUGCGCUAUGGCUUUAACUAGUGUGGCUAAACCGGUUAUUUGUCUGGAGAUCGCUGCUUUUGGUUUAAAUAUUCCCGUGGACAAGGUAAGCUUACGUACGUGUAAUAUAGACAGAAAUUCGCAUGAGUUUAAAUCUCUGAUAAUAGGCUUGCAUUUUUGCAGGUUUGGGCUGUAUUCGAAGUGUUAGUGACGAAAUUUCCUUUUAAUUAACCCCCAUUCAUUACGCUUUCACACUGUUCUUCAAUGUUCAUUCAUACAAAAACCAGACGUAGUUAAUCGAUAAUCGAUAAAAAUCGAUAGGAUAGUGUAGGAUAGGGGAAGAAAUUGAAAAUUUUAGCCUCACUUAUACAGGUCUGUCAACCCCGCCAAGUCUGAAUAUCGAGAAUUGACAGGGAAGAGAUGAUAGAUGACGUCACAACGUAGGACAUUCGUGCAAAAAAUACUUGUUGACUCCAAUCAUCACGAAUGCGAUGUCACAAAACGCGCGAUAAAGAUGUUGUUGGCAUUAUAACGCUUACUUCCCACUAAUCACAUUAUUGCUUAUAUUACAAUGGCAUACAGGAGUUUAUGAGAAAACGUUUGAUGUUAACUGUAAAAUAGCUCAAACAGCGCAAAAUAUUUGAAAUUUUAUUGUUGGAAAGUCGAGUCUAUAAGAAAUAGCAAACUUCGGUGAUUAGCCUUGAGAUUUCAGACUCUAAUCUGGAGACUGGGAGAUUAAACGGUCCAAAAUCUGGAAGAGCUGGCAGGCCUGCUUAUAGUGUUCAUGAAUUAAACCCCUAUUUCAUCCAUGACAAUAUCCCUUACAGUUUUCCACAUAGAAAAUUCUACUACAUAAAAAAUAAAACAAAUGCCAUUAUGUUAUACUGUGUUGGAGUGUGGUCUCUUUUAGGGGCUAAAUAUGAUCUUAGCCACACCCAUAUUGGUUUCCUUUAGGGGUUCAAUUCACCUCUCUUUCUUAUUGGACCCAACCCCCAGGAAGGGGGUGUGGGUGGAGAGAGAUAAAGUAGGUACCUUGUGGCUCCCUUAAACCCUUUUUUUCUGUCUUUAGAAUCUGGCAAUUCGUCUUUCUGGAAUGACGAAGAAAGUGUACGUUCAUGCUUUCAAGACAAUAGAGUGUGUGUUGGGAAAACAAAAGGAGUUAACCAUUAAAGAUCUGGCAGUGCAAUUUGGUUGCAUGGAAGCUUCAAACCUGGCCCAUCAAAUUUAUCAAAGGUAGAAAUUGUGUAAAGAAUUUUUUAAUGUACUUAACUUGACAAAAGAUUCCUGUGUAUUUAAAGUUUUCUUCUCUCUGAGUAAAUCCUGUCUUAUCUUAUUUCAUAUACCCUGCAUUGCAGAUGCAAUCUAACCCUGCUGUUAGUAACAUCAGCAAAGCAGCACAGAAAUCCUUUUUGUGGGCCCCCUACAGACUCAACAAAUUGCCUGAAAUGAGUUUCAAAUUUCCCAUUAACCUGAUGGGCAAAUAUAACAAUGGCUUUUUAGAUGAGGCAAUCAUGGCGUGUGCUCAAAUCCUGGUACACAGGUGGGGCCCAGAUCAAUGAUUUCGGCACUGUUUUGCAGAUGGAUAUAACCAGAGGUUAAGUUGCAGCUGUGGCCCAGACUAAUUUCAUAGAUACUACAACUUUAAAUGUUUCUGUUGUGUAUUUAAAUAAAUUAUUGAUACAGUCCUCAUAUAAGCCUGGCUGACCAGGCCUCUGACUCAGCCUUUUGGCAUAGGAAUAUUGCAAAACCUGGUUUUCAGCAAAAACAGUGGUUAUAACAGUACACAUUACAGUGUAUGCCCAAAGUUGACUAAUUUCUGGCUUACACUUUAUUGUAAUGUAACAGUCAAGGUGUCUGCCGAGUGAUGGGUGUGCCAAUCAAUAUACUGACCACGUGGCAACUGUAAAUAGCAACAGCAAAUACCCUGUUUCAACAGAUGUACAAUAUCAGGUUACAGUCUCCCACACUUGCUAGAUAGUGAGACAUUUCACACGGUGCCGCACAGACGGGCGGAUGUAUGGUAACAUGACAACCAAAAUUUCUUGGAUGGUUAGAUAACCAAAUUUUCUUAGCUGUGGGGCUCAGUUCAUGCCUGCUUUGCUCACACAUUGAGCUUUGCUUUCAACGUUUUCUUAACCAGGUAUAAAGAGGCCUUUGUCAAGGAUGUAGAAGAUAUCAGCCACCCAAUAUUUGUAGCAACUGCACUAUUCACAGCUUGCAAGUAAGUGAUUGUUUCUUUUGUUUUGAUGGUAAAAACAAAGCAUUCUCAGAAUGACAUUAAAACCUUUACUCUUAGGGUUAAGUAUAAUAUAAAGAUAUCAUAAAUGCAUUUUUAAGAAUUAUUUUUGUGAAAGAAAUCCUGUGCUGUGACCAUUGAAAUGAAGCCUUUUCAACUGUAACUUUGCAUUGCACUUUGCACAAGUGACCUAUGUUUGUUAGGAAAAUUACUUGGAAUUUUUAUCAGUUCUGACCUAUGAAAUCAAGGAUCUCUAUUAUUUAAGUCUUGUGCAAGUACAGUUGUAUUAUUAGUAUGUAUGAAAAGUAGGAUCACUUAUAUUUUAGUAUUGUGCAAGUAGUAUCAAAUUUUUUUGACUAGGGUCAAAAGUAAGCCACUCUGAGAGUGCUGAUUAAUUGGGAUGAAAAGAUGUAAACUAGGCUUCAUUACAACAUGUUACAACAUCAUUGAUCGUGGUAGAUACAGUUUAACUUGAUCAAGACAAUGUGCUAAUAAGAAAAUAAAAAUUGUGGUGGAAGUUUCUGACAGAAGCUUACAAUAUUUCUAUUAACAAACAUUUUUUAAAGGCAUCAAAAGAUUAAAGUUGACAAGACCAAAUUAUUGAAUCUGUUGGCUACCAAGAGGUCAACAUUUGACAGCCUGCAUAAGAAAAUGGAGAAAGUAAUUCCCACACUAGAAUCUGGUAAGCAGUCAGAAAUUUAUUAUUGGAAUAAUAAUUAG